AAGGGGAUGUUGUAGACAUUUUAGAACUAGGCGGUGCUUCCGGCUUUACGUUUGGUAUUCACUGUACGUAACUAGCUACACUGACUAAUCUCAAGAGUCAGUUAAUUAUUGACAAAAUAGGAUCAACAUCAAGCCAUUAAGAAUACGAACGUUAACCUUUGAGGGACACGUGAAGCCAUGGCUGAAGCAGAGGAUAUUUUUCUUAGAGCUAAACAGCGGACCUUCACUGGACUGACCGAAGAUGAACAGAAGGAAUGGAGAGGCCCAUUCUGCUUCAUCCAGGCUGCAGACCCCCAGCUGGGUCUGAUGAAGACCUGGAGGGAGGGGGACUGUGACGGGGGAGGGGACGAGUGGACCGAUGAGGUCCAGCUGACCCAGCAGGCUGUGGAGGCCGUCAACAAGCUGAGCCCCAGGCCCAAGUUCAUGGUGCUGUGUGGGGACCUGGUUCAUGCCAUGCCAAGCACCCAGUACCGGGAGGGGCAGGAGCGGGACUUGAAGGUGGCUCUGAGGGGCACAGACCCCUCCAUCCCUCUGGUGUUUGUCAGUGGUAACCAUGACCUGGGUAACACACCCACCCCAGAGACUGUAGCCCAGUUCUGCAACGCCUGGGGAGACGACUACUUCAGCUUCUGGGUUGGAGGGGUGCUGUGUCUGGUGCUGAACUCCCAGCUGUUCUUUGAUGCGUCGGCCUGCCCCGACCUGAGAGACGCCCAGGAAGCCUGGUUAGAGGGCCAGCUGCAGAGGGCCUCUCAGGGGCCCGGGGUCACCCCCAAACACGUCCUGGUGUUCCAGCACAUCCCUCUGUACUUAAAGACCCCCGACGAGGAGGACGACUACUUUAACCUGCAGACCGCCACGAGGCAGAGCCUCCUAGGCAGGUUCAAACGGGCAGGGUCUGCUGUUUUUUUUACCAACAUGUCAAGCUCAUAUGAAAGGAAGAUCAAGUUCAACUCAUCCACACUAAUAUUUCCCCAGCUGUUAUGCUAGUACAGCUAUAGACUAGGGCAUGGGAGUGUUAAGUAUCGCACUCAUACCCUUGUAGUAAAGUAAUAUAACACACAUAGCCAAUGUUCUCUUAGUGAUGCAAGCUAUGUUGUCUAAUAUAAUGGGCGGUGUCAGAGGAAAGCCCAUAAAAUUGUGGGCUUCCCCCCCAUUUGUUUUGUAUGCUUGUUGUAUUCGGCGCAUGUGACAGCUUGAUUUGGUAAUGUACAAGGUUACCACAUUGUCUUCUGUAAUUUUUUAUUUAUUUUUAUUUUACCUUUAUUUAACCAGGCAAGUCAGUUAAGAACACAUUCUUAUUUUCAAUGACGGCCUGGGAACAGUGGGUUAACUGCCUGUUCAGGGGCAGAACGACAGAUUUGUACCUUGUCAGCUCGGGGAUUUGAACUCGCAACCUACUAGUCCAUUAGGCUACCCUGCCACCCUAACCACGAGGCUACCAUUUGUGUACUCUACUGUAAUGUACGAGGCUGCCAUUUGUCUACUCUACUGUAAUGUACAAGGUUACCAUAUUGUCUACUGUAAUGUACGAGGCUACCAUUGUCUACUCUACUGUAAUGUAUGAUGCUACAAUUUUCUCUACUGUAAUGUACGAGGCUACUAUAUUGUUUACUGUAAUGUACAAGGUGACCAUUUUGUCUACUCUACUGUAAUAUACGAGUCUACCAUAGUCUACGGUAAUGUAUGAGGCUACUAUUUUGUCUACUCUACUGUAUACGAGGCUACUAUAUUAUCUACUCUACUGUGUACGAGGCUACCACAGUCUACUGUAAUGUACGAGGCUACAAUUGUCUACUCUACUGUAAUGCACAAGGCUACCAUAUUGGUCACACUACUGCAAUGUACGAGACUACCAUAUUGUCCACUCCUCUACUGUAAUGUACGAGGCUCCCAUAUUGUCCACUCUACUGUAAUUUACAAGGCUACCAUAUUGUCUACUGUAAUGUACGAGGCUACCAUAUUGUCUACUGUAAUGUACGAGGCUACCAUAUUGUCUACUGUAAUGUACGAGGCUACCAUAUUGUCCACUCUACUGUAAUUUACAAGGCUACCAUAUUGUCUACUGUAAUGUACGAGGCUACCAUAUUGUCUACUGUAAUGUACGAGGCUGCCAUAUUGUCUACUGUAAUGUACGAGGCUGCCAUAUUGUCUACUGUACAUAUUUUCUGCAGAUGGAGCUCAUCUAUUCUGAGACGCUUGUCUGUUUUGUCCGGCAAGCUAUGAUCAGCAUCCUCUCUCUCUCUGUUAGCAGGAGAAGUGCUGCUAUUCCUAUCAUUCCUAAUCACCAGGGUCAGAUACUGGUUACGGUCUCUCAGCUAUUGUUUAGUGUUUUACUUGUUUUGUUCUAUUUGCAUCAUACAGCAGUAGGCAGACUGGCUGCAGCGUAUUUUGGUACGAAGACUCCAAAAGAAAUAUUGCGUUUUAGAGACACCUUGUUCCUGUUUAUUGGAAAACUGGAGAUGUGUAUAUGAAGUGUUUUUCACUGCAGGGCAUGAUGCUGGCGUCUGGUAAAAAAUAUCUCAACCGACCGAAACACAUUUCAAAAUAGAGUGCCUUUUAGAAAAUAUUCACACCCCUUGACUUGUUCCACAUGUUGCGUUAGUCUGAAUUUAAAAUGUAUUAAAUUUAGAUUUUUUUUGUGACUGGUCUACACAAAAUGCUCCAUAAUGUCAGUGUAAUUUUCUUUUUACAAAUGAAUUAAAAAUGAAAAGCUGAAAUGUC